CAAAGACAAUACGUUGAACUGUCAUUUAUUGCAUUUGCGGUCAAAUGCAAAUUUGCCUACAUUUCAGGAAUUUCCAGUUAGGCAGUUACUUUAAACAAAAUGUUUUGGUUAAAGGGGAAAAAUGAAAAUGAAAAUUGAAUUUCAGUUUUUGUACAAGCUGAUUUAAAGUCCUAUAAAAGUGUUUAUUUUUUACUGGGCAGCUGGGUGGCUCAGCUUGUUUUACCACUUUUCUAUCUGAUGUGUGAGCCCCACGGUCUGAUAUCAAAUCUGAACUAUAAUAGUACUGACUGUGGUCAGCAACCCCAUCAGAAAACUCAUGAUUAGUGGUUGCAUUGCCCAAAAAGGGGGGUUUCAACAUGCCAGGAUGAAGAUAUGUCAUUGGGCACCGGUGACCCCUGCUGGUGUACCAGGUGCUUGCGGUUUGCCCAUUGAGCCACACGUAAGUCUUCCUCCAACUCGUGUCUGCAGUUUUUAGGCCGGGUUGUGAAAAGAGGUAGGGGCAACAUCACAUGCUUCAUGAUGUGACUGCUUGUCUGUGUUCUGAAUCAUCAGAGGUUGCGAUGAGUACUGCAGUGUGUGCCUGAUGGGGCAUUCCAAAUUAAGGAGAAAAGAAGGCGGGCCAAUAAAGCAUACCAAUAAAUUUCAAAGUUUGACAGAUCUGACAGCAGCUUGGUCUGCCCUUCUGAGAUAUGAUCUGAGACAAAUUUUAUUAACAGUCAUUUAAAAAUAAUAAUUUAAUGCAAGGCUAGCUCAUUCCCAACAAACCCCCACCCCCUGUCCACACUCACACACAUUGUUUUACUGUUAUACUACUGUCUCAUCCCACAUUUGUUGUUCGUGACUUGAUCUUCAACCGUCUUGUAUGGUAACUUUGGUCCCCCUUGCAAAAGGGAUUUUGACCUCAAUGGGGUAUUCCAAGUUAAAUAAAGGUUAGGAAAAAGAAGCCCAUGGGCAUAGAAACUGUCCUCAAAGGUACGGUACUUUUCCAGAGUACAGCCCUGCCUCCUUCUAGCCCGGCCCCCUUUUUUUCUUUUUUUGCCACAUCCCGUGAGCAAUGUUUUGUUUACAAAUGUCAGCCACGUGUGUGCGGCUGGUAUAAAACUCCCAGUCAUAUCUACAGUUUCACUUUUGAGGAAUAUUCAUGCAUCCACUGAGAGGAGUUUACAGGAAUAGCAGUUUCAAGGUUGUGAAGCAGAUGGGUUUUAACGGGGCAGAUUUGCCACAUAAAUGUGGACUGUUCUGUCUGGGACCCCUGGCUUUCCACACCGGGGCUGUGGGGGACAGGAUCACCUUAACCUGUGGGGCCAGGUGUGCAGAGAGAGCUUGGGAUACCUUCCGGAAUGGUGUGGUCUUCAGCAACCGUCCGGUGCGGGUCGAGGAGAAGGUGCGACUGCGAGUGGACCGCAGCACCAGUCACUGGACGGGGGCACUUCGGGUGGGCUUCACCACCAUCCAGCCGGCCCACGGGCCCCCAGCAGACAUGGCCAUUCCCAACCUCACCAAACAGCCUGGGUACUGGGCCGUCCCUUUGCCUGAGGAUUGUGCCUGGCCCGGCUCCGAGCUACAGUUCUGGGUCAACCGGAAGGGUAGGCUGAUGUACAGGGGGCAAGAUGGCCAGAAGUACCAGCUGCUGGUGGGACUGGACAUCAGCAGGCCCCUAUGGGCUAUGAUUGACUUGUAUGGGCAGACCUGCACUGUGGCUUUAUUAGGCUCAGAGAAAAAGUGUCUUUUUGGCACCAAGAAGUCCUGCCCCACCUUUGCCCUGCCCCCUCCCUCCCAUGGAGACUGCUGGUCAUGUAAGAAAAGCCCACCAUCUCCUGAACUGUUUGAGAACAACCAUAGUCGCUGUCCUUCUAUCAUUGACAACCAACGGACAGAGGAUUUCGACACACUGGAGGACUGCGUUGUCUGCAUGUCCAGGGAGGCCUGUGUCAUCCUGCGCUGUGGGCACCAGUGCCUGUGCAUGUCAUGUGCCAAUAGAGUUGUGACAGAUUUUGGAACCUGCCCACUUUGCCGACAGCCCAUCACGCAACGGCGGAUCAAAUCCAUGCAAAUUACCUGAGACUGCCAGGUAGCUGCUGAAGGACUCCAAAGCCAUAUGGCACAAUUUGAAGAUGAACCAGACCAUGACGUACUUUGGCAUUGCGUGGCAGUGACUGAAAUGUUUUGUGGGCGGGGGAGGGGACUUCCAAACUGGUAGUACUGUUGCUGUUGUUAACAAGAUGUAUCUCUCGCAGUGGAAAAACCAGUUUGAAUUAAAUUCCUAACUAACACACUUCACAAGCAGAAUGUGUUCAGGGAUGUAUGGACUUUUAACCAUGAACCAUGAAAUAAGCUAAUAAUACCAUCCAUAAAUACCAAAGUAGACACCAUAAUAUAUCAUCAUGGUUUGAUCACAAUUGCUGAGGUUUUUUUUUUUUAUUUACUUGAAAUUAAUGUAAAUGUGAAUGUUUCAUUGUUGGUGAAAAAUGACUGUGAAAAUAUUAUUUAAACCAACCAUGACUUUGCAUGAAUGCUAGACUGCAAUGUCUGGAGCAUGCUAUUCCCAUGGAAUUUGUGUACAUAUUAUUAUAUAUACAUAUAUAUAUAUAUAUAUAUAUUGAUAUACUGUUUUAUAAUAUCCUAAUGUAAAUAAAAUUUUAUACUAAACAA